AUGCAGCCGCUGCAGCCCCGCUUCGCACGGCGCAUAGAAGCGGCCAGGCUGAAGCAGUCGUACGAGCACAUCUACGAGUACCCAGGAAUCGAAUUUCAGCCUGGUCAACUCUUCCAUACCGAACCCACCGUGAUGGCCGACCCGUCUACCACGGUCUCGUUUGAGGAAUUCAUCCAAUCAGAUCUCUUCACCUUCUAUAUUGGGGAGCACGAGAAGCCUUUUGUUGUACACUCCAAAGCCGUCGCAGCUACUUCUCGUUACUUUGACCGCCUCGUGAAUGGCGGACUGAGCGAGUCGCAGAGCCGUUCUGCUAAAUUUGACGAUGUCGAUCCAGAGACCUUCACUCGUUUCUUGGAGUACGCAUAUCGAGGCGACUACACGACUCCGUCAUGCACAGGAGAGCCCGACACCGCCAACGAGAACGGAACCAAGUCUCCAAAAGUAAAUACGAAGGCACCUGAAAAAAUUGAUGACAUUUCUUCCGAUGAGGACACGGUGACGACGUUCGCAGUCUGGUCAAAUUCCAACUCAGCACCGUCCGCUUAUUCCGCUUAUGGGGACGUUGCAUCCCCGAAUAAGAUCAAAAAGCCCAAGAGGGAGCAGCGCAGCUCGCGGGUGAAGUUUGACAAACGCGAGUACACACAUCCUGGCGACGGCCUCUUCAGCAUUCAGCGCAACACAUCGGCAGAACAGGACUUCACACCCGUGUUUCUAGCACACGCGCAACUAUACACACUCGCUGACAUGCGCAUGGUGUACCCACUCAAGGAUCUGGUUCUGCACAGGUUACACAAGACCCUGGUGGGCUUCGAGCUCUACCCUGAGCGCCUGGGAGAUGUUGUUGAGCUGGCCAAAUACGCCUACGAGCAUGGAGAGGAUAGAGCUGUGGACGGGCGGAUCGACGCACUGCGGGACAUGAUAGUCAACUACAUUGCCUGCGAGAUGAAGGUGCUCGGGAAACACGCCGAGUUCAGAAACCUGAUGGACGGAGGCGGAGAGUUUGCAGGAGACUUCUGGGACAUUGUUAGUCAGGAGUUGCUCUAG